GUGAAGAGGCGUUUCUUUCACUCCAACGGAAUACAACUCGAACGCCAAAAAACUGCAAACCAAUAUUCGUGCCAUCAAAUGGGUCGAAAAGGCCACUUUUCGUGUAUAGUGUGACUUCUGUGGCCUUAGGGAUAUAUGCCUUGGUCUAUAUUCACGAUAUAGACCUAACAAGCAGGCACAAUAAGUUGUCAAAGUGGGUGCGUCAGAACUUGAUCAAUCUUUAUGAGCAAGAUCACAAGAAGACGAGCUGACCGGCGUUACAACCAUUGGACUUGCGGAACUGGAGUGUCAUACCGGCUUAGAAUUCAAAAUUGAGCAUAUGGCAAAUAGAUUCUAAGAUCCUCUCUUCUUUCUUUGCUGACCCCAGUUCACCCUCUACCCCCUACCCCCUCUAUCCUACCGCCUGCCGAAUCUACCCCCCAGCACGAUGCGGCGGUUCAGUUCGGAGGGGUCCCUCCUGGACCUGGACUUUUUGCCGUGGAGACGGGUGGAGCUGCGCGACAAGUCCCGCACCCAGGCGGGGGGGCCGGGGGGCUCCUACACCCAGCACCUGUCUCUCUGCGAGGUCGACGGUUACGCGGUAGCCUUGCCGGACUGCGAUUCCCCGGCCGACUCGCCGCGGAAGCCCCCGCUCAGCAAGGAGUUCAGCGUGAGCGCGGAGAACGUGUCGCAGGCCGGCUCGCGUCUGCGCGUGCCGGCGCUGGCCGACGGCUUCCAGGCCUACAGCGACGGGCAGCUCUCCCCCGGGAACGACCGCCGGGGCGAAGACGGGCCCUCGCAGCCUUCGUCCUGCCCCUCCCCUUCCUCUGCGCCCGCCUCCGACCCCGCCCGGCACCACCACGGGCAUCACACCCGGGCCCGGCUGACGUCGGCUAAACUCCACCUGAAGAAUCUUUUCGGACAGAGCCCGCACUCGUCUCACACCAACCUCAGCUCAGAACACAAGGAACUCCAGAACAGCUGCAGGGAGAAGAAGUCCCGCCUGCCCUUCCUGAGGCAGUGGAGCCAGGUGGGGCUGGGCAGCACACGCCUGAGCCAGCAGGAGGCGCUGCGCUGGGCCGAGAGCAUGGACACACUGCUCACCAGCCGCCUGGGGACCUCGGUGUUCGGGGCGUUCCUGCGCUCAGAGUUCAGUGAGGAGAACCUGCAGUUCUAUCUGGCCUGUGAGCAGUUCCGCCUGUCCUCCACCAACUUCACCCUCCACAGGAGAGCACGCGACAUCUACGCCACGUACAUCCAGCCAGGGGCACCAAGAGAGGUGAAUUUGGACAGUAAGACUCGCGACCUGACUGAGCAGCUGCUACAAGCCCCCUCCCACUCCUCUCUCAGCCACGCCCAGAGGCGGAUCCACUACCUCCUGGAGUCAGACUGCUACCCCCGAUUCCUCCAGUCGCCCCUCUACCUCUCCCUGCUGGAAUAGAGGAGAGGGGGAUGAAGGAGGAGAGAGGGAGAGGUGUUAGCUCCCUCUUUCGGCCUUGUUACAAAAUUCAGCCUGAAACCAAAUCUUGUUUUCCUGCUUUUUUACGCCUCACAUUUUGUAAGACUGGAAGUUCACACACUGCUUGUGUUUGGCAAUCCAUUUACGCACGAGGAACAGAAAACACAAACCGCACCGUCUGCUUACGAAAGUCCACAGUUGGUUGAAUUUUUUUUUUUUUUUUUAAACAUAAUUUUUUUUUAAAGGCAACAAAAUGGAAGCUCCAUGAAAACACCCUUCUUAAUAACAGCAAUAAUAAUAAUAAUAAUAAUAAUAAUAAUAAAAAAUAAAAAAAAUAAAUGAACUCCUGGUCAUCAGAAGAGAGGGGGAAGAAGUGAAAGAUGGGGGGAAAAGAGGAAGAUGAAAGCUUGAAAGAGGGUGGGGACAUUCAGCAAGGAGGAAGACCCACAGGCUACCAACAGAACUGUGCUCUCAGAGGAAUAUCCUGAGCAAAGACCCACAGGCUACCAACAGAACUGUGCUCUCAGAGGAAUAUCCUGAGCAAAGACCCACAGGCUACCAACAGAACUGUGCUCUCAGAGGAAUAUCCUGAGCGUGACUGUUUUCUGGAAGGCUGAAGGCGGUGCUCUGUGCGGAAUUCCUUCGGAUUCGGAAAACCGGCCGGGCGAGUCGAGCCGCUCCGCCCAAAGGGCACGGGGCCGUCAGCACCUCCACCGCGGGACUGAACCACCUCCCGAACAAUAACCUUAUGAACAAUGCCCCCCCGCCUUGUAGCUGGUGUCCUGGUUCCCAGCCAACACAAAAUCUUCUCACAGCGUUACUGCAACAUUCCCAUACGGACGGGAAACGCAUGCAUUCUAAGCUGCAUUUCCCAUAUAUUUCACAUACUGGCGUUUAUAAUGCAUGUCAACAUAUGUAAAAUUGGCCACUUCACGUAUUCAAUAACGUAUUCCCGAUGUGAAAUAUAUGGUAAAUAUUUCUAAAUUGUAUUGCCAAUAUAUUUCAAAAAUUCUCUUUUAUUUAGCCUGUGUAGUGAAUAAGGUUCCCAUACAAUGUUCUUGCAAUGUCACUGGAACGUUUUUUUAUCAAGGUUAUAACAUUGCAACUACAAUGCAGCAACAUUGUGAGAAUGUUUUUUUUUUUGUGUUAGCUGGGGUUAGGCCGUAGAAACCCUUUGUCAGAAAAGUGCUUUAUUUACAGCUUUUACCUGGCCCUUUAUUCACCAGGCAUGAGGUACAGGAAUGGGCAGGGGCGACUCAUCCUAAAUCAUGGCUCCGAUGGAUUAUGGAUACAGACUGCGUCUUUGACACGGAGAGGGCUUUGUGACCGGGCUUUUAAUACCUUCUGAGACACUGUCUCUUCUUUCAUUCGGAUUCCAGUCUCUCCACCGCAGUGGGCAAUGCUGUUGCAGUUUUAAUCAGUUUUAAAUAAAUCCCUGCACUUCUUGGCCAGGGAAUAUGCAAAAAGCAGCAAAAGUGACCCACAUUUUAAAAUCCAGGACAGGAAUAUGGGGCGACAGUGAUGGGAAACCGACUCUGCUGCUGUUGUAAGAGUGGCAGCCAGCGUUGCUUUUCCUUACCACACGCUCCAAUCGCAUUGCACUUCCUUUCCGCAUUGACCAAUAGGGUGACACUUCCUGACUGCGUUCACCAAUGGAAUGGCUCUGUGUUGCUCUGUGCUCUCAAAGUCAUGUUGCCUGUUAUCCUCAUAGUGUUGCCUGUCCACACAGUGUUACCUACAGAAUUGCUUUGUUCACGUCCAUAUUCACCAAUAUACUUGCGUUUCCUUAAGGUAUUGAGCAAUAGAAUUACACUUCAAACAGUUUUGGACUCUACUUUCCGAGAUAACGUAAAAAAAAAGUGGUCUCACGGAGUGUACGGACAAAUGGGACGAUAUUCAUGUGUUUAAUUUUAAGAACCUCUCAGGUGCAAGGGGAGUGGAAUGAUAAUAUUUACCCAGCAUGCCUGUGGGCCCCUGACACUGGACACAGCGGAACGAUGACUCCACACUGAAUUAAAGAUUAAAGUGUUCAUUUUGUUUUGUCUGGGAAAUAAAGGAUGGUUUGGUGUG